AUGCCACGGCAGCAAGGCGGAAUCCCUGUCCGGCAUGGCGCAGCGGUGGCGUGGGCCCGGUCUGUCGGCGAAGCGGCGGACUUGAUGGCCGUGGUCACGAAGCGGGCGGCGGCUCCCGUCGCCCUUCUUCCAGCCGCUCCUGGCGAAGUUCCACUACCGGUGCUUGGUGGUGCCGCCCGCGACGUGCUUGGUGCCGCCGCCGAGCUCGUCGCCGUGGUGGGCGGCAGCACGCUGGCCAAAGGCUGGCAGCAGCGCCGGGACGCUGGUGUGCGGCCGCCGUCGGACCUCGAGCGGGAGUGCCGGAUCCUCGACGGGGCGUCGGCGCUCAUUCGCCAUCCUGGAGCCGCGCACGAUGUUCUUUGCCGCCUCAAGGCCUGGCUGGCGACAGCGGAGGCCACCCUGGGCGUGCAGAACGGCAUCGAGGAGGUCUCCACGGAAGGCUCGGUUGGCUCCGACCUGGGGCCCGAGCUGGACAACGACAAGCAGAGCUUCAUCAUGUGCGACACCCUGCACGAGGAGAAGCUCCAGAACAAGUACGGGGACGAGGACAGCGUCUUCGGCGCGACCUCCAGGCACACACCCCUGCAGGAGGACGCGUGCCACAUCAUGUGCAACAAGGAUGACAUCAUGAAGGCGGACAUCCACACGACGAAGAUCCUUUCGGAGCGUGGCGCCAACUCGGACUCGACCCUAGAGGCUGCGGACGACGUGGCUUUGAGUGAGGAGGAGAGCUACACCUUGCGUGGCACCCUGCACGAGGAGAAGCU